CCUGAUCCGAGGUCAACCUAUAGAAGUUUGGGUUGAUCGGCAAGCGCCGGCCGGGCCUACAGAGCGGGUGACAAAGCCCCAUACGCUCGAGGACCGGACGCGGUGCCGCCGCUGCCUUUCGGGCCCGUCCCCCGGGAUCGGAGGACGGGGCCCAACAC